AUGGCCACCCUCGCUGAACACCCUUUAGCCCAUGCUUCUCCUAUGCCAACUAUGACAAGUUAUGAACAAGAUAUCGACUCAUUUAUCAACUUUGACCAAAUCACCUACACGACCGACUCCGCCCGCCCCAAGGUCGCGCUUGGCCAGCCCUCCAUCCCCAGCACAGAGUACAGUGCCAGCGAUGCUCGAAGUGCCAGUUACGCCUCAAGUGGACAAUCUCCAAUCUCAUUUCAAGCCCCCAGUCACCACUACGAGGAGCACCGUCAACAGACUGGACUGCCGCCCGGUGCGCUGUCCAUGACCUACAACCAGGUGCCCCAGAUGACUUUCAACAGCGGCAACCCCGGAUAUCCAGUGAAUGGUGAGAUGUACACAUCUAUGAAGCGUGAAGAUUCAUCAUUCGACUUUAACACAGCACCACCCCGGAACCCCUCGGAAAUUGAUAUGGAAUCCGAUGGCAUGAACACCACAUACUUCUUGGGGCCGAACUCCACCCGCACGCAAUACGUCGACCCCAACGCUCUCGGCGGCCAUGAGCUGGCUCAGGUCGGUCCUUCAACACAGGUCGGUCGCAUGUACCCUGGUAUGCAUCAGCAGCAGGCUGCUAUGGCUGCCAAGGCCGCCCAGCAACAAAAGAACAGCGAGAUGCUUCGUCAUCAGAUGCAACGGCGUCGCGCGGAGGAGGCAUCCAACCAGGCCAUCCGUCAAACAGAUCCCGUGAUUGAGGAGCGAAUUUCCCGUCUUCUUCAACAGAUGCGCCAGAACGCUAUCGCUGCUGGCGAGGCUUCUCCCGACUGCUCGUCUAUGUUGCCCCAGAUGGCUAAGGCGAAGAAGGAUGAUGCCGAUAUGGAUGAGGAUGAGCGUCUCCUUGCCAGUGAAGAGGGCAAAAAGCUCAGCAGUAAGGAGCGCCGUCAACUACGGAACAAGGUGUCUGCUCGCGCAUUCCGUUCCCGUCGUAAGGAGUACAUUGGUCAACUUGAGAGUGAAGUAGCCGCCCGCACCAACGAGGCUCACGAUCUUCGCAUGCAAAACCGUGCUCUAUUCGAAGAAAACGCGCGGUUGAAUGACCUUGCCCGUAUGCUUUUGGGGUCGCCUCAUUUUGCCAACUUUCUGAACGAAAUGCCCGACACCGUUCCCCGCCAGCAACCUCAGCCCCAGCAGGCCGCUCCUCAACCACCCAUGCCUACACCCGCGCCGAAGGAUUCCAACGUCCCGCGUCAAGAAUUCCAGAUGCAGCAGAACCCACAGGUCAGCAUGACCAUGGCUCCCAAUCAAGCCAUUGAUCAUUCUAUGUUGAACGCCGGAGGCUGGAACUCCGGCAUCGAUAUGAACUAUGGCAACACCCCUGUUUUCGCAGUCUUGGAGGUUCCCGAAGGUCCUGCUAUUGACUUCGAGGCCCUCUCUAGCAAGUCGUCCUCGCCAUAUAUGCCUGCGUGCUCGAAGAAAGAGUCCCCCGUCCUCGACCUACCAGAGGCACAGAUGCAGCAAUUAGACAUUGGUGUUGUCAAUCCUGAUGUCGAAAUUGAUGAAUCUGACCCUGCCUUUGCUCUCUUUGUGGACUCCCCCUCAUCCCCUGUUUCCUCCCCCGAUUUUAUCUCCAACACCGUUUCAGCUGAGACGACAUCCGAUUCUGAGCUUGAUCUCAACACGAUCGAAGCUCACAUUGAUGCCCAGAAUCGUCUUGAUUUCCUUUGUUCCAGCAUUAACCCUGCCUUUGAGCGGAUUUCCGCAGUCACAUCCCACUUACAGUGA